UGGAACUGUCACUCGGUUGUACAUCUGACACCAUGGUUGACCUGCGCAGCAAAAUAGUACCACCCCGUACACCAAAGAGCAAGAAGAGAAAGCCGCCACCAUCCUGAGAGAGAAGAAGGAGAAGAGGGAGAAGAGGAGCUUAUUAAGCAGGCGAAGACGCUGGCCUUGAUGGAGGAGGAUAAGGCCAAGCAGAAGCAAAUGGAGGAGGAGCUUCAGAAGUGGAAAAAGGAACAGGAGGAGAAAUUGGCGGCAAUAGAGUCAGAGACAGAAGAAGAAGAAGUAGAGGUACCACUGGAAAGGAGAGGAAGAACAAAAGAGAGAGGGAAAUCCAGUGGAGCGCGGGAGACAGAAGCCCAGAUGGAGGUAAAAGCUAAGAUGGAGAGGUUGGUGAACGAGUGGGUAGCCAACUUGGCCCUGGGGAAGGAGGACGAAGCAUUGUUGUUUGUCCCUCAGGCAGAGCGGGAACAAUUUGCUAGGGAUUUGGAGGGUGAAGAGAAUCCCAUGAAGCGGCAGGUGAUGGAGGAGGAGAAAAAGUUAGAGUGGAAACUCGGCCUUGCCCGUGGGAGGAAAAGAAGAUUGGAGGCGGACGAGAAAAUGGAGGAGGAUUUGAGGGAAGCCGAAGUAGAACAUGGGAAGUUGGCAGCGCAAAUCGAUCUCCAAAGGAAGGUGGAGAUCCUAUCACAGAGUGUAGAGGUAAUGCUGAAGGCGCAGCAAGAACAGUUGCCCUAUUUAAAGGGCCACGGUAUUACGCUGCAAUCUAUGCGCACCAAUUUUAAAGAUUUUGCAAAGGAUAUGAUGAUGCAUGUAGGCACUGAAUUGCGCACAAUUAUGGAAGGCACGCAAAAGUUUUGCGUGGGUGCCAUUAAAGGUGCCAAGAUAGUGGGCCUCAGUGAAGAAGAGGCCCGACCACGUAGAGAGCGCGUAAAGGUUAAGUUUCGUGAUCACUAUAGUGGGAAAGUUGAAGAGGAUUUUGACAAUUGGGAGGCGAAUGUCAACUCCUAUGUGCAUCUUCAGGAUAUUGCGCCCGAGGACCAGGUCUUGGAGAAGUUGAGGGAAGCUAACUUCAAAAUCAACGCGAAGAAGUGUGAGUGGGCCAAGACACAAGUCCUGUACUUGGGCCACGUCUUAGAUGGAGAUGGCAUAAAGCCUGAGGACAGUAAAAUAGCAGCGAUUAGAGAUUGGCCGACCCCCCGCACGCUGACUGAGUUGCUGUCGUUCCUAGGGUCGGCAAAUUACUAUAGAAAGUUCGUUAGGAACUUUUCUACCAUCACUGCACCCCUUCGCAAAUUGCUAAAGAAAGAGGCGAUCUGGAAAUGGGACAAAGAUUGUACAUCAUCCCUGAAGAAGUUGAAGCGGGCUUUGAUAGAGUACCCUAUCCUCAAGGUAGCCGAUCCGUCCUUGCCUUUCAUUGUUACUACUGACGCGAGCCAGUAUGGCGUAGGCACUGUUUUACAGCAAGACGAUGGCAAUCGAUAUAGACCCGUAGAGUUCAUGUCUGCUAGGAUGCCUUCAGAGAAGGUAACGACAUCAACCUAUGAGAGGGAACUCUACGCUCUCAGGCAAGCAUUAGACCAUUGGAAACACUACUUGCUUGGGAGGCACUUCAAAGUGUAUCCAGACCACGAGACGCCGAGGUGGUUGAAGACACAGGCCAAGAUGACACCUAAGCUUACUAGGUGGGCCGCAGAAACAGACCAGUUCGACUUUGAGCUCAAGCCUGUAAAGGGAAAAUACAAUGUAGUAGCGGACGCUCUAAGAACAUCCACCUCGCCGGUGAGGAGCAAUUCAUGUGAGAGAGCACAGGGUAUAGACGACUGCCGUAUCUCCUGUGAUGUCUGCUUGAGCAAUAAUAGCGAUAGUGGUGGUGGUGAAGUUACGCUCAACGGCAUCUUUGACGAGGAGGGAGGGAGAUGCCGCAAAGGUGCAAAUGAGUCGAGAGGAUCGGAGACCAUGUCAAGGGUGUGCGCGGACGCAGUGUGUGCGGGGGAAGGUGAGAGGGAGGGAGGUGGAUCGAGUAUGGGACCAAGAGAGCACGCAGGGGUGUGUCCGGAAGAUUUUCCAGACUGUGAAGCGAUGUCUGUGGCUCGGUCUAGAAUCCGCCGGAAGCGAGUUGUGUUGUCUUCUGACGAUGAGGAUUGCAGGGAAGGUAUCGACAGGAGACGUACCAACAGUGCUCACAAGAGGAGUGCGAGUCCGGAAGACGACAACCAGAACGCACCUGGAGAUUGGCUUUGCAUGAUAUGUGAUGAUGGGGGAUCUCUCACACAGUGCGAUGGAUGUGACAGGUGUGUCCAUCUCGUGGCCACUGAUGGGGAUGGCAAUGCAUCACUCCCAUGUAUGGAGGCAGUAAAAGCAAAUUACAAGGUGUUCAGGUGUAAUGAACCCUACUGUGGGUACUUCUAUCAUCGGAAGUGCUUGAGGAAAUGGGCAAGGAGAAAUGAAAUUGAACAGUUGCAGGAGUGGAGAAUUCCUUUCCGCUGCCCUGUCCAUCACUGCCAAGAGUGCAGAAAGGAGGGGAGUGUCGAUCCAAGGAAUCCAUUGAUCAUGUGUCGACGAUGCCCAAAGGCCUGGCACUUCAAGUGCCUUCCAAAAGAACUCGCCUGUGCUGCCGAUAAGAGAGUGUGGGGAGUCGAUAAAGACGGACCAGUUGCGUCGGAGCCAAUGUUGUUGUACUGCAUGUCGCAUGAUCUCUUGCCAAUGGGUUGCAUGCCUCCACAGUACAUAAAGUUCGAAGUGACGGCAGAAGUAAUACCCACCAAAACUAGUAAGAAGUUCAAGAAGAUUAAUAACCCAUAAUAUAAAGGCACCAUCUCCAGUUAGGUGAAUCUCCUGUGUGCAUGUGGAACUUAUUACCAGAGCAUGCGCUUUUUCCU